UCGUCAUACUGGUCAAGCUGCCAGGCAGUCGUUGAUGCAAUUUUGCAUACGUUUCCUAGAACAUAUGGGGAUGGAAGGUAAUGGUAGCCUCAUCAUGACAUCGUGAUCGUAGGUCCAAGACCCGAGUGCCAGAGCUGAAGAGAAGGUAUAUAAGUCUGGUUGUCUGUACACUCGGUGAUCUUUCUAUCCCUCGUCAAUCAACUACUUUCCAAUUCAGUAAUCAAUCGAUUCACACACCAAUCUACAAUCAUGCCUCAAGGAACUGAUCAGUCUCACGCCGUCGGUGGCUCCAAGGUCCCAGCAGCAGCUCAAGAGAAGCUCCCCCAGUCUGUCGAGGAGAACGUACCAAACGAGAUCCACGACACUGGCUCGACCGGCAGCAAGUCUCACGCCACUGGCCCCUCCAAGGUCCCUCAGAUCAUCCAGGACGCAGCACCAAAGAAGCUUGAGGAGGCUCUGCCUGAGAAGAUCCACCCUACCAAGUAAUGUUGGAGGAAUGAAUGUCAUGUGUAUUAUGAGAACAGAGCAGCCGCAGUCGGCGUUUUAAUGUGAAGUUUCAGCCAUCGUACC